AUCAAAAUCAUUUCGUUAUUUGCUUGAUUGUGAUCAUCAACACUUUUUCAUAACAAGUUUGUUGAUCAUUUCCAUUGGUUUGUUAAUUGUUAACUCAUUUAGGAUUACAAAAUCAGUUUAAAUUGUUUAAAUCAAAUGGAUUUAAAUCUUUAAUUGUUAUGGAUACAGUUCGUAAUAUAAUUUCACAAAAAGAUAAAUUAUUUGAGAAAUCAAAACAAUCAGUCUUAUGGAUACAAUCAAGGAAACAAGAAGUUAAAUUGUCCGGACCAAUUGAUGUUUCCUGGUUGAAUAUAAAUGCUUAUGCUAAGCAACAUUAUCUUAAUCAAUUGAUUAGUAAAUUAGGAAGUAAAUUGUCAUGGAAAGACAAUGUUAAUCUACCUCAGCAAAUAAUUAAAGAUGUUUCGGGUGAAGCAAAACAUGGCAAUAUAUUGGCGAUCAUGGGCUCAUCCGGAUCCGGAAAGACAACGUUACUUAAUUCAUUAACUGGACGCAAUUUAAAGGAUUUAAAUGUAACCGGAAGUAUUUUACUUAACGGUAAAUCAUCAACAAUUGACUUAAUCACAUCGUGUUCAGCUUAUGUUCAACAAGAUGAUCUAUUCAUUGGUAAUUUAACAGUUCGAGAGCAUCUAAUGUAUCAGGCUAAACUGCGGAUGAGUCCGGAGACAAGUAAGACCGAUAUUGAGAAACGAGUUGAUGAAGUUUUACUCGAGUUAAGUUUAAACAAAUGUGCCGAUUCAUUGAUUGGUUUGAAAGGUUCAAAGAAAUCAAUUUCGGGUGGAGAAAUGAAAAGAUUAGCCUUCGCAUCAGAGAUAUUAACUAAUCCAUCAAUACUAUUCUGUGAUGAACCAACCUCAGGAUUAGAUUCAUUCAUGGCUUAUAAUGUGAUCUCCCUGUUGAAAUCAAUGGCUCGAUCUGAGAGGACAAUUAUAAUUACCAUUCAUCAACCAUCAUCUGAAAUUUUCACUCUUUGUGAUCAAUUAAUGUUAAUUGCUGAGGGCCGAGUGGCAUUUACUGGAUCAACAAAUGAUGCAAUUAAAUUUUACUCAUCUCUAGGAAUGGAUUGUCCAACUAAUUAUAAUCCAGCCGAUUUUUUCAUUCAAAAAUUGGCAAUAAUUCCCGGUAAGGAAGUCGAUGGUCAUCAAAUGGUCAACGUAAUUUGUGAUGCGUUUGAUGAAUCAAUUUACGGUAAAACAAUUACGAAACGAUUAAAACAAUUGACAGACAAUUUACCAAUCAAUAAUUAUCAGUCUUCUUUUUUUGGUCAAUCGCUUUUCUACCGGUCAACCUAUUUGACCCAAUUUUGGGUUAUCCUUAGCCGGUCAUUCAUUUGUAAUUGGCGUGAAUACUCAGUUACAUCAACUCGAUUCAUUGAGACAAUUGUAAUCUCAUUGAUUAUGGGAUUAAUUUACUAUCAUCAGGAAUACAAUCAAGAAUCUAUCAUGAAUAUAACUGGAGCUCUCUUCAUGAUAUUGAUUAAUAAUACAAUUACUCCAGCAGUUUCUGUAGUUAAUACCUUUUGCCAUGAAUUACCAGUUUUCAUUCGUGAACAUAAUAGUGCAUUGUAUCGGGUUAAUAUCUACUUUAUUUGUAAGACAAUUGCUGAAUUACCAUUUUUCUUGAUUCUACCUUCAAUUUCAUUAACAAUUUGCUACUGGAUGAUUAACCUUAAUCCAAUUGUAUCAAGAUAUUUCACCAGUCUUGCUUGUAUUGUGUUAAUUAGCAAUGUAUCAACAUCAUUUGGCUAUUUGAUUGGUUGUUAUUGUCGAUCAUUAAAUGUUGCUCUUUCAAUUGCUCCAGCGGCAAUUUCAUCACUAUUAAUAUUUGCUGGUCUUCCAAUCAAUCAAAGAUCGAUUCCUAAAUAUCUCGCCUGGGGCAAGUAUCUUUCUUGGCCUUUCUAUGGGAAUGAGAUUCUGGUUGUUAAUCAAUGGAAAGGAGUUAAAAAUAUCUCUUGUCCUUAUUGGCUUAAUAAUCGUUACAUAACCUCAACACCCUUUGGUCAUCAGAUAAUUGAUUGUACCGUUACUGGGGAAGGAGUAAUUAACAAAUUGUCAUUUUCCAUUGCUAAUGUUAACUUUAAUUUUCUCAUGUUGUUUGUAUUAAUUGUUGCCUUUCGUUUAAUAGCUUUGAUUGGUUUACAUCAUAGAGCGAGAUCAUUCAGAUGAUUUAGUUGUAUCGUUAAUUGUGAUUCUCUGUAAUUGAACAAUUGGUUUACGAAAACUCACUUUUUAUUUAUCAUUAAAAUUGUGAUCAUGAUCAUUUUGUUUACUA